UGUACACAAAAAGAUUAUCAUGAAGUUUAUGAAAUAAAAAAAACAUUUAUAACUAUUUUUCCUUGCUGCAUGCAGAACAUUUUUUUAAAUGGAGACAUAAAGCUUCUAAAAUGCCAAAUAAAGCAAAAAACCAUGAAGACUGCAGGAAGUCUGUUUGUUUUCUUUGCAUGAGGAAAGGUGACCGAGAGUUAACUGACUUUAUCAUUGGAAGAAUUCACAAAUUGUUGAAAACGGACAUUGACUUUGAAGAUGAAAGGGUCCCACAGGCAAUUUGCAACACUUGCGGAACUCUCUUGCAAAAAAGAGAUGCUGGGGACAUGAGUGUUUCACUUCCGGCAAUCUACAACUUCUCUGCAGUUGUUGUCAAGCCUUUGACACGAACAUCAGGUCCAUGUGACUGCCUCAUUUGCCAGAUAGCAAAGCUCAAGCUCAACCAGAAACAUCCUUUGGCACCAAAAGAAAAGACCAGAAACCUUGACCAAGGUGAAUCUUCCAAGCCUGGCCCUUCACCAAAUUCCUGCUUAAAGUCAUCAGAAAAAAGAUGCACACAGUGUUUGUCCAUUCUUGCAAGAGGUUUCAGACACUCAUGCACUAUCGGAACAAGACACCAAAACUUGCAAGCAUUGGUCCAGUCAGAUCCUGUUGGUGCUGAGCAAAUUGCAUCAGCCAUCAUCAGUUCAAAAGAUCCAUCUCCGGGAGGAACUGUUCGCCUUAGUCAAGCAAGAGGAGGGCAGUUAUUUCCAUUAACACCAGGCCCAGCAUCUGCACACAAAUCAACCAGUUCAACACUUACAAUGCAAAGCUUGUUAAAUGUUCAGUUGAACACAGGACUAUCCAACACAGGAAUGCGACAACUUGCCUCAACACUUAACAAAUCAACAGAAACUCGACUUGUUGAGCUGUUUUUCUAGCAGUAAAUUAAGUUUGCUGCUGUAGGAAAGUCGUUGAACAAUUUUUUUCAACUCUCAGUUGUUGACAUUUCAGCAGAAAAAGGAAAAACUGAAGAGAAGAGAGCAAUCGUUAACUGCAAAAAUCUUGAGGACUUAACCAACAAGGUGCUGCUGUCAAGGGAAUACAGCUACAAUCAUUUUGUCAAGCUUGGCAUUGAUGGAGGAGGAUCAUUCUUAAAAAUGAGCUUAUCAGUUAUGAAGGUAACUGAUGAAGAUGACGAAACAAGAAGUCCUCAACCAAAAAGUCUUCGCUUACUGACAAGCUCAACUGCCAGAGACACAGGUGUCAAGCGUCAACUCAUAGUUGCCAUCGCUGAAAAUGUUUCUGAAACAUGCGGCGAGAACGUUAAAGUGAUGAUGAACAUCAUUCAAUUAAAUGAUGUUUCAUUCUGCAUUUCAUGCGAUCUCAAAAUGGCCAACGUCAUUUGUGGAAUUCAAUCCCAUUCAAGCAAACACCCUUGUUGCUGGUGCAACAUUGAUUCUGACAAUCUGUCAGAAUGUGGAACUUCCAGAAGUUUUGGAUCAAUAAAGGAAAAAUUUGAAGCCUUUGUUGCAGCUGGAUCAGAUAUGAAAUCAGCAAAAGAUUUUGACAAUGUUAUCCAUCCACCACUGAUUAGCAUGGAUGACUCAACACUCAUUUUGGAUGCGAUUCCACUAAUGGAACUCCAUUUACUUCUUGGAAUUGUCAAUCAUCUUUACAAGAAUCUUUCUGAUUUAUGGCCUUGUGCCAAAGAAUGGCCAACUUUGUUGCACAUUCAGCUCCAGCCAUACCAUGGGGGACACUUUGCUGGCAAUGAAUGUCAUAAGCUUUUGCAAAACCUUGACAUUCUCCAAAUGCUGGCAGAAAAAGCUUGUGCCUAUCAAGCAUUUGGUUUCAUUGAAACUCUCAGACAUUUCAAAGAAGUUGUUACUUCAUGCUUUGGAACAACUCUGCAGGAAGACUAUAAAGAAAAGAUUCAGAAGUUUAAAACUUCUUUCCUAUUCUUGCCAAUCUCCGUGACUCCUAAGGUACAUGCUGUUUUCUACCAUGUUUCAGAAUUUGUAGAAAAACAUCAAACCUCCCUCGGAAUCUUCAGGGAGCAAGCAACCGAAGCAAUGCAUUCAAGGUUCAAGUUUCAUUGGGAGCGGUACAAGCGCAUCCCAACUCAUCCAGAUUAUGGGAAACAACUCUUCAAUUGUGUUGUUGACUAUAACAGCAAGCAUCUGUAACAAACAACACCUCCAAACUCAACUUUUUUCAGAAAUAUAUGUCUUGGAAUAAAAAAUCAGAAAUUGCACAUUUUAGAAUUUUUUUUAAGAAA